AUGUCGGGCCAGAUGCCAGGACAAAUGCAAGGUCAAAUGCCAGGACAAAUGCCAGGCCAGAUGCCAGGCCAGAUGCCAGGCCAGAUGCCAGGACAAAUGCCAGGACAAAUGCCAGGUCAACCACCUCAAAUGCCAGACUUUCAACAAAUGCAGCAAAUGCAGCAGCAAUUCCAAGGGGGUAUGCCAUUACCUCCUCAGCCACCACAACCACCACAACCUCAACAAUUACCACCUUCGAACAUGGGUAAAGACCAUGGUAAGAUGUUUAUUGGUGGGCUUAACUGGGACACUACCGAACAAGGAUUGGUUGAAUAUUUUACCAAAUAUGGUGAGGUUAUCGACCAUACUAUUAUGAGAGAUAAUAACACCGGCAAGUCCCGUGGGUUUGGUUUCUUGACUUUUAAAGAUCCAAAGUCGGUUGACGAAGUUAUUAAAACUGACCACAUAUUAGACGGUAAAUUGAUUGAUCCUAAGAGAGCCAUUGCGAGAGAAGAACAAGACAAAGUUGGUAAGAUUUUUGUUGGUGGUAUUGAUCCAAUGGUCAACGAAAAGGACUUUAAUGAUUUCUUUUCUCAAUUUGGUAGUAUUAUUGACGCCCAAUUGAUGAUCGACAAGGAUACUGGCAGAUCGAGAGGUUUCGGUUUUAUUACCUAUGAUUCACCUGAUGCUGUCGAUAGAGUUACUGUGAAUAAAUACUUAACUUUGAAGGGUAAGUCCAUGGAAGUCAAGAGAGCAGAACCAAGAGGCCAACAUCAACAGAAUCAAAUGCAACAGCAACAGCAACAGCAACAACCAUACAAUUAUGGAAACUACGGUAAUCAAUACGGUCAAACGCAAUACCAACAACCCGGUAUGGCUUCUUAUGGUCAAGGUAUGAAUGGUAUGUCACCAGAAAUGAUGCAAGAGUAUUGGCAAAGAAUGCAACAAUGGUACAUGUACCAACAGCAACAGCAGCAAGCUCAAGGCAGCACGGGAGAUUACAAUCAGCAAUCAGAGCAACCUGAACAACCAUUGAAUCCUCAGCAACAAGCCCCCACCGAAUCCCAAGACAAUCAAGAACCAGAAAAUGGAUCUGACAGUUCGGGUACACCAAGUGGGCCAUCAAGAAGAAUGAACUUGCCAAAGGGACCAAGAAGAGCGCCACCUUCAGGUCCUUCUGGUAAUUCAAGAGGUAGAGGUGGUUACCAAAAUAGAAAUAGAGGAUACCAUCCAUAUACUAGGGGUGGAAGAAGAUGA